AUGCCUCCCACACAAGCAGAGAGUGUGAUAAAGAAUAUAAUUCGAGAAAUAGGACAAGAAUGUGCAACGCAUGGUGAAAUUGUUCCUGAAACCUUGGUUGCUUUUAUGGUGAAAGCUAUUGUCUUGGAUCCAAGUAAUGGGUUUAAUAUCGAAAGAACCCUCCUAAAAAGUGAUGUGCAGAAACUUGUUAAGCUUUGUACAAGUCGGCUAUUGGAUACUAAUAAUCCAUCCCUGGACACCAUUAAAAUGCAAGUCUACUUUGAUAUGAACUAUACAAACCGAGAGGAAUUUCUUGAAGAGCAUCACCGGGUCCUGGAGUCAAGAUUAGGCUCUGUUACCAGAGAAAUUACAGAUAACAGAGCCAGCUCCAGGGAAGAGCUGGAAAGUCUCUAUCGAAAGAUCGUCAGUUAUGUGUUACUUUGCUCUGGACUUGGAGCCCCUACUGAUAUCAAGAUUGUCCGAGAGGCAACAGCUGCUCUACAGAGUAUUUUUCCUCAGGCUGAACUUGUGACAUUUCUAACUCUAUCAAAGAAGGACAAAGAACGCCAGUUGAAAGAACUUACCAUGAUUGUUACUGGAAUUCGUUUAUUUAACCGAGAGUGUGGAAAGGGAGGAGAAGGCAUCGAUGAUUUGCCAGCUAUUCUGCAGGAAGCAAUUGAAGCUACCAUUCAGCAUAUUAAGGCCCAACUUCAGAGUGCUCAGGAACGUGCUUAUGGCUACACAGCCAUUCUUGAGCAUAUUACAAAGAACCCACUCUUGAGUGCAGAAUUUAAAUCAUAUAUGUUAAAAGAAGCACUAUAUAAUUUGCGGCAAUAUGAGAUCUAUCUAAAGAUUAUUCUGUCAGAUAUAAUUGCUUGUGGUGAAGAAUUGAAUAUGAUGGAAAAACAACUUGGAGCCCAACUUGAACAUUUAAAAUUGACAGUUACCUCAAAGACAGCUGUUCCAACUUCACAAGUCUUUCCCACCUUCAUUGUACUUUCAAAUCUAUGGACCUGCUUUCAAGAUGAAACUGUUUUAAUUAGUGUUCUCAGUAAUUUAAUUACUCACCUUGAGUCAUUUCUGGGCACUCAUGAAGAACUCUUUCCUGAGAAAUUAAUGCAAGAUCUUUUUGAUGGAGUGACCGUGAAAACUGAUACGGAGAGAUUGAAAGAACACCUGGAAGACAGGGUUCCUUUGGUGGAUUCCAAGAAACUAGAAUGGCUUUUCCCAGAAACAACAGCAAAUUUUGAUAAACUGCUAAUUCAGUAUCGAGGAUUUUGUCCUUACAUGUUUGCUACAAAAAAUGGUCUUCUCCUUCCAGGAAAUCCAGCAAUUGGAAUAUUGAAAUAUAAAGAUAAAUAUUACACUUUCAAUUCCAAGGAGGCUGCAUGUUUAUUUGCAGAUAAUCCUGAAAUUUACACGGAUGCAAUUAGAGAAACGGCAAAGAAAAAUGCAGAAUUAAUUCAACUACUAGAGCUUCAUCAACAGUUUGAAACCCUCAUUCCAUAUUCUCAGAUGAAAGUUGUUGAGAAACAUUAUAUAAAACCAAUUACAAAGGCUGAAACUAGCACACAAACAGACACACAUAUAUUGCCACCAACAAUUGUGAGAUCAUAUGAAUGGAAUGAGUGGGAAUUAAGAAGACAAGCUAUUAAGUUGGCCAAUUUACGUCAGAAAAUUACUCAUUCUGUGCAAACUGAAUUUAGUCACAUGAGAAGAGAAAAUCAUUCGCAGGUAUAUCCUCCGAGGGAUGCUGAUACCCAAACGGCCAAGGAAAGCAGCACAGGAGUGCCCAAACCCCAGAUUUUUAUAGCUGGUCUCCGAGGCAAACAGGGAAAGACCACCCGUGGAGUCAAGGUGAACUUAACUAGACCAGUGGACGAAACAUAG